CAGAACAACAGACUUCCAAGCGAGCUGUUUUGAACACUAAGCGAAGUAGUAACUGUGAAUCAAAAGAAGACGCAGUUUUCCUAUUUUAAAAUCAACAAUUAAUUCAAAAAUGGCCAAAUUCUUGUGUGCUUUCGCUGUUUUGGCUCUGUUGGCAGUUACCGCCGAGGCAAUCAAAUGUUACGAGUGUCCAUUGGGGUGCACUGGAGACGAUAAGUCCAAAUGGAAUACUCAAGACUGCGGAAAUUCAACACCAGAUAACCAGAAAACGUGCCUGAAACAAGUAAUCCAACUCCAAGCAGGUGGAACCAGAGUGGUACGCAAGUGUGCCCUUAUUCCAGCUGGCAAAAAAUACGAAUGCGUUGAUGCCCCCACAGAAAAAACUACCUCUUGUGAAACCUGCACAUCAGACUUGUGUAAUUCAGCAGGAUCAGUCACCUUCAGCUUCUUGGCGGUGGCCACUGUUGUCCUUCCAUUCUUGGCGACAAGAUUGUACUAAUUUAAGUGUUUCUUUAAACUAUAUGUAACAAAAUUACAAAUGUACACAAUAAAUUUCAUUUCAGAAGCUGCUUCAAAAUUUGUAUGUCUUUCUUUUUCUGUUUACUUAUUUAUGUAUUUGAAAUAGGGUUAAUAGAUUUAUAUAUUAAGUAA